AUGAAACUCGAUCCGAAGGCGAUUCGCUACCUCACCUCUGAAGAUUUCCGCGUGCUUGCCGGGGUUGAAGCCGGUAGUCGCAAUCAUGAAGUUGUUCCGACACCGUUGAUCUCGCAGCUUUCCGGACUCCGUGGUGGUAGCGGCGUGCAUCGCUCCAUCUCAAAUUUGGCCAAGAUUAACUUGAUCGCCAAAGUAAAGAACGCCAAAUAUGAUGGCUACAGACUUACCUACGGCGGUCUCGACUACUUGGCGAUGAAUGCGCACCAGAAGCAAAAAGUAGUGUACUCCGUUGGCAACCAGGUUGGCGUGGGUAAGGAGUCGGAUAUUAUUGUUGUCGCACACAGCAGCGGAGAGCAGCGCAUUUUGAAGAUCCACCGUUUGGGUCGUAUCUCCUUCCGAACCGUCAAGACGAACCGCGAUUACCUACGACACCGCAGCACAGGAUCAUGGAUGUACAUGUCCCGAUUGGCUGCAAUGAAGGAGUUUGCUUUCAUGAAGGCACUUCGCGAGAAUGGCUUCUCAGUCCCCGAACCCAUCGCCCAGAACCGACACACCAUUGUCAUGAGCUUGAUUGAUGCUUUCCCGCUUCGUCAGAUCUCCAAGGUCCCCAACCCACAAGGGCUUUACUCGGAACUGAUGGACAUCAUCCUGGAGCUGGCACGCUUUGGACUGAUUCACGGUGACUUUAACGAGUUCAACUUGCUGAUCAAGGAAGAGGUUGACCCUGAGGCGCGCGAGAAGUACACGCCGCAGACCAAGUUGGAUGAUGUGGCUGAUGAAGAUAUCCGGCUGGUCCCGGUUCUCAUUGAUUUCCCGCAGAUGGUCUCCAUUGACCAUAUGAAUGCUGAGAUGUACUUUGACCGUGAUGUUAACUGUGUCAAGCGGUACUUCCAACGCAAGUUCCACUUCGUCAGUGAUGUACCUGGCCCAACAUUUGCCCAGGCAAGGAAGAACUUCCUGAAGAACCCCGGAAAGCGUUUGGACAUUGAGGUUGAAGCCUCCGGCUUUUCGAAGAAGAUGGCGCGCGAACUUGAGAAGUAUAUGCAGGAGGUUGGCGUUGAUGGGGAUGCGGGCGAGCGUGAAGAUGGCGAGGAGGAUGAGGAUGAGGAAGAGACCGAUGAGGAGGAAGAGGGCGAGGAAGAAUCAGGCUCAGAGUCUGGAGAGCCUAGCGAGGACCCUGCCUCUGUCCAAAAUGACCAGGAUGUGGACGAAAGUUCUCGACGACUGGAAGGAUUGCAGGUGUCCGAGGCAUCGGGGCAAUAA